CCAGAUUUUCCUGUUCCCUCUCCUUCGACAGUUCAAGGACACCUUAAGUCUAAAGCCAGAUUUCAUCCUAGUAAGAGCAGAGAUCGGCCUGCUGUGGGUCUGCCACCGAAGUUCCCCAGCCCAGCUGUCCCAUGAUAACAGAUGAAAUCACAAGAGUGGUAACAGCUGACAUGGAGGAGACCAAGAAGGACAGUGUGGCUGCAGACACACAAGUAGGAAAGUGGAUGUUGGAGUGUGUCCAGGGAGACUACACUGCUGUGCAGAAAGAAAUGAUGGACCAACAAAAUGCAACACACCUUCCAGUGACAGCCAAUCUGUUCUACAAGUGUGACCACUGCGAUUUCUCAACGGGUACAAAACAAUGUUUAAAUGCGCAUGUCAUGUCAAAACACACCGGUGAGAAACCCUACAUGUGUGGAGAGUGUGGGUACAGGACAGCUAAGAAAUCUGGCUUAGCAUGUCAUAUGAGGCUACAUACAGGGGAGAAGCCGUACAAGUGUGACCAGUGUGACUACUGCACAGCUUGGAGACCUUGUCUGAAAGUCCACAUUGCUAAACACACUGAUGGGAAAUUCUACAAGUGUGACCAAUGUGCCUUCAGCACAGCUUAUAAACAAGGCUUGAAAAGGCAUAUGGAAAUCCAUAUGGCUAAACACACAGUUGAGAAACCCCACAAGUGUGACCAGUGUGACUAUAGCUUAGAUACGAAACCAUACUUAAAAGUCCACAUGACUGAACACACUGCGUAUAAACAAGCAUUGAAAACCCAUAUGGUUAAGCACACUGGUGAAAAACCCUACGAGUGUGACUGGUGUGGCUACCUCACGGCUUAUAAACAAGCCUUGACAACCCAUAUUAUGGCUAAACAUACUGGUGAUAAACCCUACAUGUGUGACCGAUGUGGCUACUGCACAUCCCAAAAAACGAACUUGGACAGACAUGUCAUGGCUAAACACACUGGUGAGAGACCCUUCAUGUGUGACCGAUGUGGUUACUGUGCAAUCCAAAAAAGGACCUUGGACAUGCACAUGGCUAUGCACACUGGUAAGAAACCCUAUAAGUGUGACCAGUGUGACUACUGCACAGCUAGGAAAGAACACUGGGACAGACACAUGGCUAAACACAGCGAUGAGAAACCUUACAUUUGUGACCAGUGCGGGUUUAAGACAGGAGACAUAAGUCUUGGAGACAAGACUGGAAAAAAACACAUGGCUAUACACACCGGUGAGAAACCCUACAAGUGUGAUCAGUGUGACUACUGCACAGCUUAUAAACAAGCCUUGAAAACCCAUAUGGUGAAACAUACCGGUGAGAAGCCCUACAUGUGUGGGAAGUGUCUACAGAACAGUCUACAGGUCUGCACUAUCAAGUCAUAUGAGGAUUCAUGCCGGGGAGAAAUCACACAAGUGUGA